AUGCCCGGCUCGCCGAGCUUCCGGUACUACUGCCAGAAGAAGACGGCUGCCGUCGACAAGAUCGUGUUCGACGCCGACAACAGCGACGGCUCCGUCAGGAUCAAAGCGACGGCGCGUCAGCUGAGCAAUAGGAGCGAAAUCUCGGCGACCAAGCCACACGACUCCAACGAGGUUUCCCAACCUAAAGAGGGAAACAGAUGGCUUAGGUUCAGUGGCUUGUCGGUCGUCGCUGCUGCUUGGCACAACUUGUUCAGCCGACAAAGAAGCAAACCUUCGCCACCUCCUGCUGCCGCUUCAGCUGCAAGCUCUCAACCCUGA